CCUGGUUGUUUUCGUUUUUUGCCGUCAAACAAGGGGAGACGUUUUUUUUUUUUCUGAGUUGCGACCAUUGCGCUGCCGUGCGCCGGCUGUUGUUUUUCUCCGAGGACCCUUUUUUUCUUUCUUCCUUUUCUUACUUUGUCUUUCCUCUCUCUCUCUUCUCGCAUAGAUAAAGCCGAAAGUCUCAAUUAGGCGCUCUUCUCUUCGCAAAUGUCCGAAGGACUCUCCAGCUCCUCGCAAUUCCCCCUCGCCGGCUUCAACUCUGCGACCGCAAAGCCCGACGGCGCGACAACCAGCGAUCCCACUGCGGCGGCAGGCCGUGACGCUGCCCUGGAGCCUCGCCAUGCCGGCCAUCACUCGAUAGCCUCGUCCGACAGCCAUUCUGCUCACGCAAUGCAGAGCCAAGAUGUCGAGGCUGAGGGCCGGCCGCCAUAUAUUCACGCAAUGAUUGCUGGAGGUGUUGGAGGCUCGACGGGCGACAUGCUGAUGCAUUCGUUGGACACGGUCAAGACGCGACAGCAGGGUGAUCCGCAUUUCCCUCCGAAAUACUCUUCCCUGGGGCGAUCCUACUACACAAUCUGGCGACAGGAGGGCAUUGCGAGGGGCUUGUACGGAGGCUGGAUACCAGCGCUGGGCGGCUCGUUCCCAGGCACGCUCAUGUUUUUCGGCACAUACGAAUGGAGCAAGCGGUUCUUGAUAGAUCAUGGGCUUCAGCACCAUCUCGCCUAUCUCUCAGCAGGUUUCCUUGGAGACCUUGCGGCUUCCAUUGUCUAUGUACCAUCCGAAGUCCUCAAGACCCGACUACAACUCCAGGGACGAUACAACAACCCCCAUUUCGUCUCUGGAUACAAUUACCGCGGCACCCUCGACGCCGCACGCACACUCAUCCGAACAGAGGGCACCUCUGCGCUCUUCCACGGCUACAAGGCCACUCUAUAUCGAGACCUGCCCUUUUCCGCGCUGCAGUUCAUGUUCUGGGAGCAGUUCCAGGCAUGGUCACGAGUGUACAAGCAGAGCCGCGACAUCGGCGUGCCCCUGGAGCUCUUGACCGGCGCUGCUGCGGGCGGUCUCGCCGGCGUCAUCACAUGUCCUCUGGACGUCGUCAAGACUCGCCUGCAGACCCAGGUCAACAUCCCGUCCGAGCCCGAACCUUCACAUCGGCCCAAGGAUCCCAACCCUCAGAAGCGGCUGAUAUCCACGUCGUCUCCAAGCACGCAUAGACCCAGGCCCGGCGCCAUCGCGCUGAAGACGUCAUCCGUCCUUACCGGACUAAGGGUCAUCUACCAUACCGAGGGUAUGAGCGGCUGGUUCCGCGGCGUUGGGCCCCGUGGCGUGUGGACUUUCAUCCAGAGUGGCUGCAUGCUUUUCUUGUAUCAGCGGUUGCUUCACAAGUUGGAGGUUUGGAUGCCUCUCGAAAAUCCCGAGAGUGAAGCGGCAUUGUAAAACGAGAAAAGAAAAAGAAAAAUUCUCGGUUGCUCAAUUUUCUUCGAUCCCUAUAUUUAAUUUCUUUUUUUGUACAUGAUAGUGAGCAUUAUGAUGCGAAGACAUACAUCCAGCGUUGCAGAGAGGAGGAAGAGAGAAUAUCGGGAGGCGAUAUUACCAUGUACAGAUUCACUAGAUGGAAGAUGGAAGCGAGGGAGACCAGGACUCAAGUUUUACACAAAAAAAAGAGAGAGAAUGGAGGAGACUAUGGGGAAGGACUAUGGGAAGGACUUGGAGCGGACCCGGUCAACUUUGUGUGAGGCGUUUUAUGGGGGUUUAGAACUGGGAUGAUAAGAUGGCAUUCUUUGAUAUAUGAUAUAGAUAGAGGGCAUGGGAAGGAAAUACGUGCCAAAUCUCCAACAUGUGUUAUUACUACU